AUGGGUGGUAGUUUCAUGUAUGAGUUUGCUGAAGCAUUCCAUACUUAUAGCAGACAAUAUUUGAACGAAGGUCUACAUGUCUGUCAAGCAGAAUUGUACUUCAACCAGCUUCAGCUAUUUAUUAUUGAUGCUGAGGCUCCAAUUCUGUGUGCAUCUGAGAUCGCAGUUGGGAAGAAAUUCCGUUCCCUAACGAAGAAAGCAAACGAAGCCCUCAAGGCUGAAAGCAUUGACGAGGGACAGGUGUUCAUUCGUGGUAUAGCUGGUACAAAUAAAAGUUUAACAAUAGUUACGGGAUUCUUUGACAUUGGCGAUUUUAUGACCACUAACGGUAAUAGAACACCAGAAAUAUAUGCGAACUGGAUCAAAUUAUUUGGGAGAAUUAAAAAUCCAGUUGUGUUUUACACAGACAGUCAAGAUUUUGCAACGCUCUUUGAUAAUGUUCGCAAGGACUCAAAACAUCUAACAAAGACAAUCAUUGUUAAUCGAAACUCAUUAUGGAGUUUCCAAAUCAUGCCGAAAAUUGCAAAAGUAUUUUCAACUCCAGGUUAUCCUUUACAGCAUCCAAACACAUUCAUACCAGCCUACGCGGCGCUCACUCAUUCAAAGUUUCCGGCUUUGGUUGAUGCUAUACAACAGAAUUAUUUUCCAACAGAUUAUUACACUUGGCUGGACAUUGGAUAUUUCCGGGAAAUUGUGAAUAGAAAUAAAACGUUCUGGUUGGAGGUUCCAAGUGAUUUUGAGGCCACUAAAGUUGGUGUUACACGUAUAUGUGAUUGUUUAUACAAGGGUUUAACACCAAAGUAUAUAAUACAGAAAAGUUUUAAUUGGAUUGGAGCAGGAAUAAUUCUCGGAAAGCCAGAGGUAUUACUGAGAUUUGCUAAGCAAUACAAAGACGCAGUGAUGAGAUACCUAAACGACGGCCUUAUGAAUACAGAACAACCAAUUAUGUAUUCAAUGUAUUUACCAGAGGAACGUAAAGCACAUCCUUUAGAUGUCGAUCUCCAUUUGUAUAUCCCGGGUACAAAGAAAGUUUUGUCUAGGAAUCUGUGGUUCUACUUGGGCUAUCUUAUGUAUCAUGAAACAUAA